ACUCGCGGCUAGUGAAGAGGAGCUUGGUGAGCAGGGAAAACCUCUCUGUAUCGAAAUUGAAAAUUUACUGAGCCCACCAAAGUAUUUUUUUUUCCAAAAAGUUUCUGCUUGCAAACGAAGUAGAAAAGUUUUAAAAUAGUGUGAAAUAAAGUUUGAAACUGCCUCUUUUAAUAAUCGCGGAAUUUAAUGUUAACAUAAUCAAUCUAGGAGACUGUUUAGAUUACAAGAAAUUUAGUUCUUUUCUGUUCUCUCCGUUUCAACGUUAGCCAUUAUUGUUAUCAGCACCACAGAGGGUGAUUUUUUUCCUUGCAUUUUUAUAAGUGAAAAAUAUGAAAAAGUGAGAAAAAAAUGUUGCGGAAAACUUCUUCGCAGCAUAGGAAAAUCUAUGUUUUUAUUGCUCAAAAGUGAAGAAAGAAAAAGUUAUUUUGUGACUCAUAAAUUUAGUUUUCCCUUCAAGGAUUUUCUUGGUGUGGGCAGUAGAAGAAAAGGAUUGACUUUUCUUCACUCACCAUGGAAAAUUAAAUGCUGAGAGGGUUGGAGAAAUGCGUUAAAGAAGUGAAAGUAAAAGCUAUCGAAAAGGGAAAGAGAGAGAAAGAGGGAAAAGAGCAAAAUAAAUACAAAAAAAAAGCUUUCAAACUGAUAACAAGGCCUCUGAUUUGUCGUCACUCUAUGAAUAUUUAAAUGUGCUGCUAAUGAAGCAGCAUUGGAAAAUUUAGUGCUGAGAGUGAUUUUGUGUUGACUGAUAAUUAUAGCAAAAAGAUAGAAGAAUUACGGAGUCGAACGACAAUUGAUAACUCUUGAAAGUGCUUCGGGGAAUAAUUUUGAGACGCAGUGAUAAAAAAUCAUCAGCUGAAGGAAGCUUUAGCAUUGUUGAGAAUUAUUUAUCGUCAGCUGAACGACGUUGUGUACGCAAAAAUAAAUCAAAUUAAUUGUUCGAGAGGAUUAAAGACGUUUUCGUAAUUAAGAGUAUAAAAAAUGGCAACACCACCCGAUAGUCCCAUCGAAGAGGUUGUUUAUGAAUUGGAAACAACAAGCCGAUCAUUUCCAAAGCCAAUUCCUGUCGCUCUCGAAGACUUGUGUCGAUUGACGAAAUUUACAAGACAGGAAAUUCGAGUCAUGUACCGAGGUUUCAAGGCUGAGUGCCCAGAAGGAGUCGUUCAUGAAAACUCAUUUAAGGAUAUAUACGCAAAGUUCUUUCCACAUGGCAAUUCGAGUCUUUACGCUCAUUACGUAUUCAAAGCUUUUGAUGUCAACUGCAAUGGUGCAAUAAGCUUUCGUGAUCACAUUGUCACGCUAUCAACAUUGCUAAGAGGCUCAGUGUAUGAAAGAUUAAAAUGGACAUUUAAAUUGUAUGAUUUGAAUGGUGAUGGGUGUAUAAGUAGAGGUGAACUUGCUGAAGUUGUUCAAGCUGUUCAUGAACUUAUGGGAAAAAGAAUAGCAGAAGAUGAUAAAAAGACUAGAGAUCAAGUUGAUCGAGUAUUCAAAAAGCUCGAUCUUAAUCAAGAUGGUGUCAUUACAAUUGAAGAAUUUCUAGAGGCGUGCCUCAAAGACGACCUGAUAACAAAAUCUCUAGAAAUGUUCGACAAGGGCCUCUGAUGACAAUCGAGCGCAACACCAACAAAAACUAACAUCAAUAGAAAGAGUUUUAAACGCGAUACAACAACGC